CGAACAUCAUCAUACAUCACUCACCACCACCAUCAUCAUACAUGGAUGCUACAACAUAUUGUGAUUUUUCUUCAUUGCAAUAUCUUCAAUAUGUUCUUGAGCUUGAACAUGGUUCCUCACACUCGGACUCUAAUGGCAUGGAAAGUAUCAUUGAUGAGAAGAAAGUGUCUGAAAUAGAACAGUCUAGGGCAGCGCGUGAAGUACACGCCCCUCCCAAUUGGAAGCGAUAUAGGGGUGUGAGACGGCGGUUGUGGGGGAAGUUCGCGGCGGAGAUAAGAGAUCCAAAGAAAAAUGGAGGUAGGGUUUGGCUUGGGACUUAUGUAACUGAAGAAGAAGCAGGUUUGGCUUAUGAUAGAGCUGCUUUCAAAAUACAUGGAAGUAAAGCUAAGUUAAAUUUUCCUAAUAUUUUUGCUUCUGAUGUAUUAUCAUCAUCAGAGCCACUGAAAAAAAUAGCAACAAACAAGAAAAAGAAAACCCUAGUUGAUUUGUUGAAUAAGAUGGCGAAGAAUAGAAAAAGGGUUGGGUUAUGAGAUUUUAGAUAAAAUUUGUUCUUGAGAGUUAAUCUAAAUGUUCUAUCUUUGUAUGAACUUUUCAGCUUCCAGAAUACAAAUCACAAACAUGUAUGGUUUUUUUUUUUUUUUCUGAAUUCAAAGGAAGUGAUUCAGCAUUCCAACAAUAUGGAUUGAGUUAA